AUGUCCUUGGGAGGUCCAUUGCGAGCUCCCGCCCUCCUCCGACAUGGUCGCCGGCUCCCAGUUCCUGCCACGCAGUCGAUCAGGGCCUUCACAGCGGCGAGUACCAAUGCUGUCAACAGAAUACCUGCCCAGACCAGGCAAUCUCUCCAGAAGAGGAAUUUCAUGACCACCGCCCGAUGUCUUGCGACCGCGGCUGCCCAGUCCGCGCCCAACCCGCAGGCCUACAUCCAGAGCGGUGUGGUCAAGCCCAAGGAGAUUGUUGAUGUGAAGAAAGUGCUGGUCAUUGGCUCUGGUGGUCUGGCCAUUGGUCAGGCUGGAGAGUUUGACUACUCCGGCUCACAAGCUCUGAAGGCACUGAAGGAGGCAGGCGUCAAGUCUGUUCUGAUCAACCCGAACAUCGCCACCAUCCAGACCAACCACUUCAUCGCCGACGAGAUCUACUACCUCCCCGUCACCCCCGAAUACGUCACCUACGUGAUCGAGCGUGAAAAGCCUGAUGGCAUCUUCCUCUCCUUUGGUGGGCAGACCGCCCUGAACCUCGGUGUCCAGAUGCAGCGUCAGGGACUGUUUGAGAAGUACGGCGUCAAGGUGCUGGGAACCAGUGUCCGGACACUUGAGCUUAGCGAGGACCGUGACCUCUUCGCCAAGGCUUUGGAGGAGAUCAACAUCCCCAUCGCAAAGUCUAUUGCUGUCAACACCGUCGAAGAGGCGCUUGAUGCCGCCAAGAACAUCGGAUAUCCCAUCAUCGUCCGUGCCGCGUAUGCUCUUGGUGGUCUCGGUUCCGGUUUCGCCAACAAUGAGGAGGAGCUCCGUAACAUGGCCGCUCGAUCAUUGACGCUCUCGCCUCAGAUCCUGGUUGAGAAGUCCCUCAAGGGCUGGAAGGAAGUGGAAUAUGAAGUCGUCCGGGACGCCAACAACAAUUGCAUCACCGUGUGCAAUAUGGAAAACUUCGAUCCUCUCGGCAUUCACACGGGUGACUCCAUCGUCGUUGCGCCCAGUCAGACCCUGAGUGAUGAGGAGUAUCAUAUGCUCCGUUCGGCUGCCAUCAAGAUUGUUCGUCACCUGGGCGUCGUUGGCGAGUGCAAUGUUCAAUAUUGCCUGCAGCCCGACGGCCUGGACUACAGGGUCAUUGAAGUCAACGCCCGUCUCUCACGGUCCUCUGCUCUCGCCUCUAAGGCCACUGGAUAUCCUCUUGCGUACACUGCAGCGAAAAUCGGCCUUGGACACAGUCUGCCUGAGCUCCCCAACGCCGUGACCAAGACCACUACUGCGAACUUCGAGCCGUCGCUGGAUUACAUAGUCACCAAGAUUCCUCGAUGGGAUCUCUCCAAGUUCCAACACGUCAAGCGCGACAUCGGCAGCGCUAUGAAGUCAGUUGGCGAGGUGAUGGCUAUCGGCCGUACCUUUGAGGAGUCCUUCCAGAAGGCCAUUCGCCAGGUCGACCCCAAGUUUGUUGGUUUCCAGGGUGACAAGUUCGCCGACCUGGACUACGAGCUGCAGAACCCGACCGAUCGUCGCUGGCUGGCCGUCGGCCAAGCCAUGCUGCACGAGAACUACACCGUUGACAGGGUCCACGACCUGACCAAGAUCGACAAGUGGUUCUUGCACAAGCUGCAAAACAUUGUGGACUGCACCAGGGAGCUCCAGUCAGUGGGCAGCCUUGAGGGCCUCAAGAAGGACCUGGUGAUGAAGUCCAAGAAGAUGGGUUUCUCGGACAAGCAGAUCGCCCACACCGUGAACAGCACAGAGGACAAGGUCCGCGCCCUUCGUUUGCAGUACGGCAUCAGGCCAUGGGUCAAGAAGAUUGACACUCUUGCUGCUGAGUUCCCUGCCGACACGAACUACCUGUAUACCACAUACAAUGCCUCAACUCACGACGUGACCUUUGAGGAUAAGGGUACUAUCAUCCUGGGCAGUGGAGUGUACCGCAUCGGUAGCUCUGUUGAGUUUGACUGGUGUGCUGUGAGUGCUACUCAGGCUCUGCGAAAGAUGGGUCACAAGACCGUCAUGAUCAACUAUAACCCCGAGACCUACAGUACCGACUUCGAUACCGCUGAUAAGCUGUACUUUGAAGAGUUAAGCUAUGAGCGCGUUAUGGAUAUCUACGAACUCGAAUCUGCUAGCGGCGUUGUUGUCUCCGUCGGAGGCCAGCUGCCUCAGAACAUUGCUCUCCGUCUCCAGGAGGCUGGAGGUGCUAACGUUCUCGGCACUGACCCCAAGGACAUCGACAAGGCCGAGGACCGUCAAAAGUUCUCUGCCAUCCUGGAUAGCAUUGGUCUCGACCAGCCUGCAUGGAAAGAGUUGACCUCGGUCAAGGAGGCUGAGAACUUUGCUGAGCAGGUUGGCUACCCUGUGCUCGUCCGCCCCAGCUAUGUCCUGUCCGGUGCUGCCAUGACGGUCAUCCGAAGCAAGGAUGAGCUCAAGGAUAAGCUGGAGGCCGCCAGCAAUGUUUCGCCCGACCACCCCGUCGUCAUCAGCAAGUUCAUCGAGGGCGCUCAAGAAAUUGACGUCGACGGUGUCGCAUCCGAAGGCAAGCUGAUCGUGCACGCCGUCAGCGAGCACGUCGAGCAGGCCGGUGUUCACUCUGGUGACGCUACCCUGGUGCUCCCUCCCACUACGCUAGAUGAGACCACCAUGGGACGUGUCAAGGAGAUUGCUGAAAAGGUCGCGAAGGCCUGGAACAUCACUGGGCCUUUCAACAUGCAGAUCAUCAAGGCCGAGGACCCUGAGGGUGGCGAGCCACAGCUCAAGAUUAUCGAGUGCAACCUUCGUGCCUCUCGAUCCUUCCCCUUUGUCAGCAAGGUUCUUGGCACCAACUUCAUUGACGUGGCCACCAAGGCCCUUGUCGGUGAGGAUGUCCCUGCUCCCACCGACCUGAUGGCUGUCAAGCGCGAUUACCUUGCGACCAAGGUUCCGCAAUUCUCAUGGACCCGCCUGGCCGGUGCUGACCCCUUCCUCGGUGUGGAAAUGGCUUCCACGGGUGAGAUGGCCUGCUUCGGCAAGGACCUGGUCGAGGCAUACUGGACAUCUCUGCAGUCUGCCAUGAACUUCCGUGUGCCCGAGCCCGGCGAGGGUCUGCUGUUUGGCGGUGAACUCAAGAAGGAGUGGUUGACCAAGAUCAUCGACUACGUGUCUCCUCUUGGCUAUAAGCUGUACGCUGCGGACAAGGAGGUCAAGCAGUUCCUCGAGUCGACGGCCAAGAACAAGGUGAACGUCGAGGUGAUCGAGUUCCCCAAGGAGGACAAGAGAGCCCUCCGUGAGGUGUUCAAGAAGUAUGACAUCCGUGGUGUCUUCAACCUUGCCCGUGCCAGGGGCAAGACGGUCAUGGAUGUGGACUAUGUGAUGCGUCGGAAUGCGGUCGACUUUGGUGUCCCGCUGUUCAUGGAGCCUCAGACUGCUAUCCUCUUUGCUCAAUGCAUGAGCGAGAAGCUUCCCCGGCCCGAGGGUAUCCCGCCCGAGGUUCGCCGGUGGUCCGAGUUCCUCCAAGGAAAGCCUCUAUAG